UGCAGCAAGGGAAAGUGUAUGUAGUGGGGCGGGGAAGAGGCCAAGUCUGUAGUCCCGGUUUGUACAUGUCUCUUUCCUUUUUGGGGGGCUGUGCAUCUACAGGCGAGCAAGAUGGGACUCUAUAUAUUUUCUGCACCAGUCACUGUUUUUCCUAUUGGGAAGACACACGAUUAUUAAUGCUACUAGGUUGCAUGAGCGGGGCUUUUUAUCCUCAGCUAACUCCCUGGCAGCCGCUAAAUAAUCAUAGAAAAAACUCUUGAUCCCUCUAAUUACGAGUUCUGGACGAAGAUUUUUUUAUUACUGGUUUUGCUUGGCGACGUGGGCAUUUUUUUUUCUUAGUGGGUAUUUUUGUAUGUAUCCUCAAGAUUUUUAGCAGUGGGCGUGCUGCUUCUGCCGAGACACCUCGAGUACAGUAUUAGAAGGGUGAAAGACAGAAAAAAAAAAAAACCACUUGUGAACGCCAGGGUGGGGGAAGAGGUGGAAAAGAGAGAGAGAGAGAACUAGGAUUGGCGGCUGUUUUUUUUUUUUUUUUUUUUUUUAAGAAAGGCACUCUUUCCACUUAGAGCCGGGAGUCUGCUCUUAAACUCGCAGUGCAAAGUUGCGGUGAGAGGCGUGCGCAAGUGUUGGAGAGGCAAGCGCGGUGUGGAGCUACAACUACUUCCCGGAGGGAGUCGUGCCUUAAGUAACGGGGGACGAAGCACUCGCGAAGGGGGCUUGAGAGCUCCGACUGACCGGCAAAGUUGUUUCAAGCGGGUGGCCAAGCUGAGCCCCACCGACUUCCCCGCAGCCGCUGCGGCGCGCGCCAACCCCCAAAAUGGUGCAACAGACGAACAACGCGGAGAACACGGAAGCCCUCCUGGCCGGCGAGAGCUCGGACUCCGGGGCCAGCAUCGAGCUGGGCAUCGCCUCUUCUCCCACUCCGGGCUCGACUGCUUCGACAGGGGGCAAAGCGGACGAUCCGAGCUGGUGCAAGACGCCCAGCGGGCAUAUCAAGCGGCCCAUGAACGCCUUCAUGGUGUGGUCUCAGAUCGAGAGGAGGAAGAUCAUGGAGCAGUCCCCGGACAUGCACAACGCUGAGAUCUCCAAGCGCUUAGGCAAGCGUUGGAAGCUGCUCAAGGACAGCGACAAGAUCCCUUUCAUCCGGGAGGCGGAGCGGCUGCGCCUCAAGCACAUGGCGGACUACCCCGAUUACAAGUACCGACCCAGGAAGAAGGUGAAGUCGGGCACGAACUCUGGGAAGCCGGGUGAGAAGAGCGGGGGUGGAGGGAGUGGCGGCGGCAGUCAGGGAGCAGCCGCCUCCGCUGCUGGUUCCAACUCUUCCAAGCUUGCCCAGAAAAAGGGCAGUGCCGCCAAACUCUCUCCCAGUGGCGCCGGCAAACCGCAUCCCAAACUCAGCCCGAGCGGCGGCGGCGCAAAAGCUCCGUCCUCUUUUCCAUCGGAACAGCCGGCUUCCCUCCUGCCCCCAGAGCACCAUUCUCUAUACAAAUCCCGCGCCGCCUCUCCGGGCUCCUCCUCGCCCUCCAGCAGCAGCAGCAGCAGCAGCAGCAGCAGCCACAGUAGCCGACAUCUCCCCGAGAAGAAGGCCAAGCGGCUCUACCUCUUCUCCCACUCGUCGCCCGGCGGCGCCGUUCCGGCCAGCCCGACCCUCAGCACUUCAACAGAAGCAAGUGACCCGCUGAGUCUCUACGAUGAAGUAGCGGCGGUGGGCGCCCGGCAGGACGGGGGCGAGCCCUCGUCUUCCCCCGUGGGCAAUUACUCCCCCUCGGACCACCGAAGCUACACCAGCCUGCGGGCGCCGUCGCCGACACCUUCGACCUCGCACUCUUCGUCGGCUUCCUCCUCCGCCUCCUGCGCUUCCUCCUCCUCGGAUGACGAGUUCGAAGACGACCUGUUGGACCUCAACCCCAGCCCGGGCUUCGACAGCAUGGCGAUGGGGAGUCUGAGCUCCUCGGUCCUCGACAGGGAUCUGGAUUUUAACUUGGAGCCUGGCUCGGGCUCUCACUUUGAGUUCCCAGACUAUUGUACCCCGGAGCCGAAGAAUGAGAAGCACGUUUCAGACUCUGGGAUGGAGAAAGAGGAUGGCCCUGGAAACUGGACUGAAUCCUAAAUGGAAUGAAAAGGAGAGACAAGCAUUUGAAAACGAACUGGAAAUUCGGCUGAAAACAAUAACACCGAAAAGGAUUUGCACGUAUGUGGGAGAAAGUGGAGGUGAUUUUCUUUGCCGGAUUACCUUAUAUUCAUAGAAAUCAUAUGUGGACUUUCAGCAACACAUAACUUUUUUUAAAUGGAGACAGAUAUAGAACAUAACAACUGUAAUAAUGUGGUACAGGGGAAAUUGAGGGCGUUUGCUCUUUCUUGCAAAAAUGUGUUUUUAUUACUCAGAAUCGUGAUGGUGUUGGAUUAUUUCUCUGGUGGGGUUUAAUAUAGCAUGUUAUCCUAUCUUUUGGAGUUUUUUUGUAAGACUGUUGAACAGUUUAAAAAUAGUGUUAGAAUAAUAUAA